AUGUCUUCUUCAACUCCGUUAGAUGUCGAAAUUUUGAUCAGCCAGCUCACGCUGGAUGAGAAGGUUGAGCUUCUUGCUGGUCAGGGCUCUUUUCGAAUGACCGGUCUGCCCAGUCAUGGCAUCCCUGCGCUCAUUACAUCUGACGGCCCUCAUGGAAUCCGUGGUAAACGAUCGUUUACUCGGCUUCCGAGCCCUAUGCUCCCUUCCGCCACGGCAAUGGGUGCGACAUUCAACGCAGCGUUGCUUUACAGAGUCGGAAGACUUCUGGGUGAUGAAGCCAAGGCUAGAGGUGUCGACGUUCUUCUGGCCCCUACCAUCUGUCUCCAGCGCUCCCCACUAAUUGGUCGUGGUUUUGAAGCCUUUGGAGAAGACCCUUUUCUCAGUGGCAUCCUGGGUUCGCGAUACAUCACCGGUGUUCAAGAACGCGGCGUCGCAACCAGUGUCAAACACUAUGCUGCUCACGAUCAAUCUGACAAUAGCAUUGAAGACAACGUAUGUAUGACUCAACGCACCUUGCGUGAGGUACACAUGUUGCCAUUUCAACUGGCUCUCCGAGACUCGGAUCCUUGGACGAUCAUGACUGCGUACAACAAGAUCAACGGGAUCCAUGUCAGCGAGGACCCUCUUCUACUCAAGCAGAUCCUAAGAGAUGAAUGGGGUUUCAAAGGUCUCGUCAUGAGCGACUGGUUUGGGACGUACAGCACAUCGGAAGCUAUCAAUGCUGGCUUGGAUCUAGAGAUGCCAGGCCCCACGGACUGGCGAGGCAAACGCUUGAGCAUCGCUGUCAACUGCAGAAAAGUGCCCCAGACGACAGUCGAUGAGUCUGUGAGAAACGUGUUGAACUUGAUCAACACGGUCAGAGGGGGCGACUCACGCAGUCCCUCUCCUGCUUCCAACACCCCUGAGCAGCGAGCUCUGAUUCGACAACUCGUCGCAGAGGGCAUUGUUCUGCUUAAGAACAGCCGCCAACAACUGCCCAUUAAAAACCCGGACAAGGUGAAAUUCGGAUUGAUUGGAGAUCAUGUCAAGAACCCUGCACUUUGCGGAGGUGGUAGCGCUGAGGUUGAACCGUAUUACUCAGUGACUCCUUACGAUGCCAUUGUCGAGGUGGUUGGCGUAGAUAAUGUGUCUUAUGCGCCAGGCUGUCACUCCUUCAGAUUCAGUCCUCUUUUGAAGGGCCUCACCACCUCGUCCGGAGCAGGAGGUUGGGAUGUAGAGAUCUUUGGGGAGAAUCCAGAUGCUCAUCCUGAAACCCCAGCUGUUGUGUCGGUUGUUGCGGAGAAGCAGCUUAUCGAUGUUCCUGAGAGUCUGCACAAGUCAAUUCCAACAAAAUACUUUGUCAGGGCCCGUGCUCGUUACACUGCCGAAACAUCGGGUCUUUUCCGCCUCGGCUUCAGCACAUCUGGAAAAGGCAAGCUUAAGGUCGAUGGACAAGAAGUCAUUGACCUGUGGACGAGCCAACCCCCCAAAACCGACUCUACUGCCUGCUUCAAUCGCCUCUCCAUGGAGAGGUUUCACGAUAUUGAAGUGACCAAAGGACAAAUUCUUGACCUUGAGGUUCUCCAGGUUAACGAGAACCUCGCUGGUGGCGUUGGCACAGCUUUGACCUUGACUGGACGAGUGGGAGGCUACGAACUUCUCGACGAGGAGCAGAGUAUCAAGGAUGCAGCAGAGCUCGCCAGCAAGGUCGACAUCCCGAUAGUGGUCACAGGUCUGUCCUCGGAUUAUGAGUAUGAAGGGAGCGAUCGCAAGAACUUGAGACUUCCUGGACGCGUGGAUGAGUUGAUCGAAGCGGUGCUGAGUGCCAAUAGGAACGCAUCCCAGAUUAUCGUCACCCAGUCCGGUUGUCCCAUCGAGAUGCCAUGGGAGUCACAAGCAUCAACACUGCUUCACGCCUGGUUCGGCGGCCAAGAGACCGGCCACGGCCUUGCCGAUGUGCUUUUCGGAAAAGUUAACCCCUCAGGCAGGCUUUCCUUGACCUUUCCCAAGUCCAUAAAACACACACCGGCCUAUCUCACCUUCUCCAAAGCUGACUACGACAUCAUGUACGGCGAAGGAGUCUUUAUCGGUCAUCGAUACUAUGAGAUGAUUGACAGAGAGCCUCUCUUCUACUUUGGUCACGGCCUCUCAUACACCAAGUUCGAAUACUCCAACCUUCAGGUCCCUCGUCAUUUCGCCUCAGCUGUCGAUCACAAGAUGCAAAUCUCGGUUGACGUCACCAACAAGGGUCCUUUCCCUGGUUCCGAGAUUGUCCAGGUUUACAUCCAUGAUCCCGAAAGUUCCGUUCAGCGGCCUAUCAGGGAGCUAAAGGCAUUCGACAAAGUGUACCUGGAUGUGGAUGAGACAAAGACUGUUGCGCUUACACUUGACAAGUACUCCUUGUCGUUCUGGUCUCAGGAAGCGUCCAAGUGGAAGGCUGAAGCGGGAGAAUACAUUGUCAUUGUUGCUGCUAGUUCAAAUCCGCAGGACGAGAUCAUGCGAACGAGCUUUGCGUUGUCAGAAACCUUUUACUGGAGUGGCCUGUGA